AUGACCACCGACAAAGUCACUUUGGGGGACGCCCUGUCAAACGUCGAUGUGUUGGAUGAAUUCACGCUACCGGACGAGCAACCUUGCAUAGAGGCUCAACCAUGUUCUGUGGUGUACCAAGCGAACUUCGACACCAACUUCGAAGACAGAAAUGGCUUUGUAACUGGUAUCGCUAAGUACAUAGAAGAGGCAACUGUGCACGCGAGCUUGAACGAGUUACUGGAGGAAGGUUUGGAACACGCUGUUAUGCUGUACACUUGGAGAUGUUGUUCACGUGCAAUCCCGCAACCAAAAUCUAACGAGCAGCCAAAUAGAGUAGAGAUCUAUGAAAAGACAGUAGAAGUAUUAGCACCUGAAGUAAAUAAGUUAUUAAAUUUUAUGUAUUUCCAAAGAAAAGCGAUCGAGCGUUUCUCAGGAGAAGUCAAGCGAUUGUGUCAUCAUGAAAAGCGAAAAGAUUUUGUAUCCGAGGCUUAUUUACUGACCUUGGGGAAAUUUAUCAAUAUGUUUGCUGUAUUGGACGAGUUGAAGAACAUGAAAUCUAGUGUGAAAAAUGACUACUCGACGUACAGGAGAGCCGCGCAAUUUUUGAAGGUGAUGUCAGACUCCCAGACACUACAGGAGUCCCAGAAUUUGUCGAUGUUUCUGGCAACACAGAACAAAAUUCGCGACACCGUGAAGGAGAAUCUAGAGAAGAUCGCGGGAUACGAGGAAUUGCUCGCGGACGUCGUCAAUAUUUGUGUUCACAUGUUUGAAGCGAAAAUGUACCUCACGCCCAACGAGAAACAUAUGUUGGUGAAGGUGAUGGGCUUCGGUUUGUUCUUAAUGGACAGCGAGUUGUGCAACAUCAACAAGCUCGACCAGAAGAAGAAGUUGAAGCUGGACAGAAUCGAUAGGAUCUUCAAGAACUUGGAAGUGGUGCCGUUGUUCGGAGACAUGCAGAUCGCGCCGUUCAACUACAUCAAACGCUCCAAGCACUUCGACGCGUCGAGGUGGCCGUUGUCCUCCUCGUCGAACAACAUAAGCCCUCAGGCCGAUCUUAUGGUGCAUCUUCCGCAGAUUAGAGAGGAUCACGUGAAGUACAUCAGCGAGUUAGCGAGGUACAGCAACGAAGUCACCACUACGUACAAAGAGUGCCGGAGCGACACGGAAAAUCGCGACACGGCGGAGCUGGCGUUACGCGGAUUACAGUUGCUCUCGCAAUGGACCAGCGUCGUGACGGAGUUGUACAGUUGGAAGCUGCUGCAUCCCACUGAUCAUCAUAUGAACAAGGAAUGCCCGCAGGAGGCCGAAGAGUACGAGAGGGCCACGCGCUACAACUACUCCGACGAGGAGAAGUUCGCCCUUAUAGAAGUCAUUGCGAUGAUCAAGGGAUUGCAAGUACUGAUGGCGCGAAUGGAGACUGUUUUUAUCGAUGCGAUACGUAGGAAUAUAUACGCCGAGUUGCAGGACUUCGUGCAACUCGCGUUGCGGGAGCCCUUGAGGAAGGCGAUUAAAAAUAAAAAGGAUCUGAUUAGAAGUAUAAUCGUUUCCGUGAGAGAAACCUGCGCCGACUGGCACUUCGGAGUGGAGCCGCUCGGAGAUCCCGCUUUAAAGGGCAAAAAGGACCCGGACAAUGGUUUCGGCAUUAAGGUACCACGUAGGAACGUCGGUCCGUCCUCCACGCAACUUUACAUGGUGCGAACCAUGCUGGAGUCAUUGAUCGCCGAUAAAAGCGGCGGGAAACGCACCCUGCGGAAGGACAUUGACGGCCAAUAUCUCGUUCAGAUCGAUCAAUUCCAUAAAACUAGUUUCUACUGGAGUUAUCUUCUGAAUUUCAGCGAGUCUCUGCAGAAUUGUUGCGACUUGUCGCAACUGUGGUACAGAGAAUUUUACCUGGAAAUGACCAUGGGUAGGAAAAUACAGAAAUGCCAAGUACGUCACCAGCAUAACGAAGAGUGCAGCGACCUGAUCACCAUGGAGAAACGCAUUCAGUUCCCGAUCGAAAUGUCGAUGCCGUGGAUAUUGACCGACCAUAUAUUGAGAAGCAAGGAACCGUCGAUGAUGGAAUACGUAUUGUAUCCUCUGGACUUGUACAACGACAGCGCGCUUUACGCGCUCACGAUAUUCCGCAAGCAGUUUCUGUACGACGAGGUGGAGGCCGAGGUGAAUCUGUGCUUCGAUCAAUUCGUGUACAAACUCAGCGAGCAGAUCUUCGCGCAUUACAAACAAUUGGCGGCCAGUAUCCUGUUGGACAAACGCUUCAGGGUGGAGUGCGUGGCCCUCGGAGCGUAUUUACUUCCGUAUCCGCGUGCAAACAGAUACGAGACGUUGUUGAAGCAGAGGCACGUCCAACUGCUCGGAAGAAGCAUCGAUCUGAACAAGCUCAUUACGCAACGUAUCAACGCGGAUAUGCAGAAGUCGCUGGAUCUGGCGAUCAGCAAAUUCGAGUCCGGCGAUAUAACCGGAGUUAUAGAACUAGACGGAUUGCUGCAAGUGAAUCGCCUCACUCACAAGCUUCUGAGCAAGUGGCUGGCGUUGGACGAGUACGACGCCAUGUUCAGGGAGGCGAAUCACAACGUCCUAGCUCCCUACGGAAGAAUCACCCUUCACGUAUUCUGGGAACUGAACUACGACUUCCUGCCGAAUUAUUGUUACAACGCUGCCACUAACAGAUUCGUCCGAUGCCGUGGCAUACAAUUCGUGCAGCCGGUUCAUCGAGACAAGCCUCCGCAGAUGUCUCAUCACUAUCUCUGGGGCAGCAAGCAGCUGAAUCUGGCUUAUAGCACACAGUACGGCCAGUAUUCAGGCUUCGUCGGGCCGUACCACUUCCGCACUAUAUGCAAACUUCUCGGGUACCAAGGGAUAGCUGUGGUCAUGGAGGAACUCUUGAAGAUCGUCAAGACGUUGAUCCAAGGCAGCUUGCAUCAGUUCACGAAAACUCUGAUGGAAGCUAUGCCGAAGGUCUGCAAGCUUCCGCGAUAUGACUACGGGUCUCCCGGUGUCCUCGGCUAUUACCACGCUCAGUUGAACGACAUCGUGCAAUAUCCCGACGCUAAGACCGAGCUGUUUCACAAUUUCCGCGAAUUCGGCAACACGAUCCUGUUCUGCCUCCUGAUGGAGCAGGCCCUGUCGCAGGAGGAGGUCUGCGACUUACUUCAUGCCGCGCCCUUCCAGAAUAUUCUGCCUAGACCGUACUGCAAAGAGGGUGAGAAGCCUGAGACCAAGCAGAAACGACUGGAGGCGAAAUACGCGGCUCUGCAGAUCGUACCGAACGUGGAGAAGUUGGGCACUGCUAAACAAGCGAUGAUCGCCAGAGAGGGCGAUUUGCUGACGCGCGAGCGCUUAUGCUGCGGUCUGUCGAUAUUCGAGGUUGUCCUCAGCAGAUUACGGAGCUUCCUGGACGAUCCUAUCUGGGUCGGCCCGCCGCCGGCGAACGGUGUCAUGAACGUGGACGAAUGCACGGAGUUCCACAGGCUCUGGAGCGCGCUUCAAUUCGUCUACUGCAUCCCCGUCGGCGAGACCGAAUUCACCGUCGAGGAAUUAUUCGGCGAGGGUUUACAUUGGGCCGGUUGCGCCAUGAUCGUUCUCCUAGGCCAGCAACGUCGAUUCGAGGCGCUCGACUUCUGUUACCACAUUCUCCGGGUGCAACGUGUGGACGGUAAAGACGAGAAUGUGAAAGGAAUACAUCUGAAGAGGAUGGUGGACCGGAUAAGACGAUUUCAGGUUCUAAAUUCGCAAAUAUUCGCUGUGCUGAACAAGUAUUUGAAGAGCGGCGACAGCGACGCGGCCAGCGUCGAGCACGUGCGCUGCUUCCAGCCGCCGAUACACCCUUCGUUGGCGCAUGCCCAGCAGCAGCAGCACUACCACGCGCCGGAAUACCUGCGUCAAAUCAAUCACCAAUGAGCCGAGCGAUCGUAAAGGGAAAGAAAAAAAGACUGCAGUCAAUGCGACUCGAGCGGGAGGACGUUAUAAUAAGAACGACGAAGCCAGUUCUCGUCCCUACGAGGAGAUAUUUCUAGCUAAAGAUUAUAUUUUAUAUUGUCUUUUACGUAUCGCGAGGUAUCCGUUUAUACCGUCCCGUCCGUUAAUUCAGUCGCCACGAAUUAACAAAACACGGCGGGGGCAUCUUUUUUUACGCGAAUUUGUAGGAACUUG